AUGGGUUUGGACUUUGGGGAGGGAUCUGAUCCAUCCAACUGGUGGAUUAGAGAUUCCCUCGUGAAGCUCACAUCACACGAUUGGAAAGAUUCUAUGGUCUUCUACAACGGAGGAACCUUCACCAUGGGCUCCUACUGUAGAGAAACCUGCACCAGGGGCUCCUACUGUAGAGGAACCGGCACCAUGGGCUCCUACUGUAGAGGAACCUGCACCAGGGGCUCCUACAAUUUAGUAGAACCUGCACCAGGGACUCCUACUGUAGAGGAACCUGCACCAUGGGCUCCUACUGUAGAGGAACCUGCCCCAUGGGCUCCUUCUGUAGAGGAACCUGCACCAGGGGCUCCUACUGUAGAGGAACCUGCACCAGGGGCUCCUACUGUAGAGGAACCUGCACCAGGGGCUCCUACUGUAGAGGAACCUGCACCAUGGGCUCCUACUGUAGAGGAACCUGCACCAUGGGCUCCUACUGUAGAGGAACCUGCACCAUGGGCUCCUACUAGAAACCUGCACCAUGGGCUCCUACUGUAUGAGGAACCUGCACCAUGGGCUCCUACUGUAGAGAAACCUGCACCAUGGGCUCCUACUGUAGAAGAACCUGCACCAUGGGCUCCUACUGUAGAGAAACCAUCACCAUGGGCUCCUACUGUAGAGAAACCAUCACCAUGGGCUCCUACUGUAGAGAAACUAUUACCAUGGGCUCCUACUGUAGAGAAACCAUCACCAUGGGCUCCUACUGUAGAGAAACCAUCACCAUGGGCUCCUACUGUAGAGAAACCAUUACCAUGGGCUCCUACUGUAGAGGAACCAUCACCAUGGGCUCCUACUGUAGAGGAACCUGCACCAUGGGCUCCUACUGUAGAGGAACCUGCACCAGGGGUUUUUAGUUUUGAGAAAAUUGGUCCUUCAUUACCGAAACCUGCUCUGUGGGUUCUAAAAGCUCUAGGGAAAACUGGUCUCAGAGCUCUGGAUCCUAGUGAUUUCCUCUAUGGGUUCCUUAUCCAGUAGAACCCGCUGUAGGGGUUCCUGCGCCAUCAGAAACUGUUAUAAGUGUUUAUCCUUGACCUGCACCUUUUCUUUUGGGUCCUAAUUGGCUGAAACCCUCCCUGCUGGUUCUUUCUUUGGAUAGGACCACUCUAGGGGAUUCGGCUGUGCAGGAACCUGCUCCAAGGUCAGGAACUACUGAAGAAACUGAUCCUGGGGUUCCAUAUUUCUUUUCUCCUCUUUAUCCUUCUCCACGGGUUUCAAAUCUGAGUUUGUGUUUUUUGUUUCUCCUGGCCGG